UUUCUUUGCUGGUGAGCUUGUGUGAGUUCUGCCGCCGCGAGUUUUUCCACCAAGUUCCCCCAAACAGCAAAGCUCACAGUCAGUUUGUGCUAAGUUGUCUUCUGGCCUAGACCAUACAGUCAAAUUGUUCCCCCACGGAGCUUCCGAACGAGAUAAAAAAAGUCUUCUCCAUAGAGCUGAGAAAUUGGACAACGCAAUUGACUCCUAUUGAUCAUAAUUAUUAACGUGCUCGUGAGACUGGAAAGUUAAGUGUGUGAAGUUUGGAGAUAUGUGAACUUACCUUCCGGGACGGAAGUGUUUGGACUUCAAACAGAUAGAGAGAGAGCCUGGGAGGAACGUGAAAAAUGGGCAUCUCUUGGCGCAAUCAGAGAUUCAUCACCACCAGCAAAGAUAGGGAGACAGGUGAGAUUGAGACGCACAUUGUGCCACAGACACCGGAUUUGUUUGACCAAGAGACCGGCGAGCUGAAUGCCAUUGCAUUCCGUAAGACCAAAUUCAACAUUCCCAAGUCCUAUCUGCAGACUUUUGAGGAUGAUAGUAAGGAUGGGAAUGACGUAUAUACGCUGAGCAACAAGGAUCGUGUUAUGCACCUCAAGGAGGAAAUUAUUCUGGGCUACAACAAAACCUCCCAUCGGAUGUUUCUCAUCCCAUCGCUGUUUCUCUUUUUCAAGCUAACAGCCAUUUUUAUCAUUACCGUGGAGACCCUACUGCACAUCUGGGCUCAUCGUCGGAAUUCCCGCAACAAGAAUCCCUGCAUCUACUACAGGAGCCCCCUGCACGUGGUCUCAUCCCAAUUUUGCGCCAUCUGUCGCAGUGAAAGCUCUAUGAAGCGCGUGAAGAAGAUUCAGGACGAAAGAACACGCAUCCGGAGACUCCAUCAGUUAGACUUUGUCACCAGAACACUCACAUAAAGUGCGAGGAUUUUCCCAAAAAAAAAAAAAUCCUGACAUACGGAAUGUUGUAACUUUUCUUAUAGUUUUACAGGAAGGCGGUAUUUGGAGUCUUUAUUGAGUUCCGCCCAGUAGAAUUUUAAGUCACGCCCCUUUUGCGUCAAGGCCAAGUAGGGGAAGAUGGUAAGUUUCUCAACUCGCUAGAUUUUGAAUAUUCCGAUUUUUUCUUUUAACUAAUAGGAGCAGACUGACUGCUUUCGAAUAAGAAAAUUAUAUUCAAUAUUUUUACAAAUUUAUUCUAAAAAUAUUCCGAAAAAAUGGAAUAUUCAACGACCGACUAGUUUAGAAACUGAGUACCCCUUGCUAAAUCCUUUAAAUCACGAUUUUAAAGAAACUGUGCUACAAGCAGAACUGGUAAGGUACGUAAGGUAAAUGUGUAACGCAAUGAAAAAUAGACCACGCCCACAAAAUUGAAAAUAUCUCAAAUUUACUCAACCGUUAACCGUUUGGCCGCAAUUUAAUUAACUCUAGGUCUUAGCUCGCCCUAAGUCCUUAGAUAGUCAAGAAAAGAGCCUUUACUAACUUGUAAGAUGUUUUUUUUUAUGUUUUAUGAGGUUUCCCAUAAAUCCCAAAAUCAUUCAAUUUGAAUUAAAAAUGUAUUUUGGAACACUGAAAAAAAAGAGGGUGCGAUAAACAUUUUUUCCUCAGAACUUUAACACUUUUUAGGUGUAAAAAUAUAUCAACAUUUUUUCAUGUUAAUUUUACACCUUUUAGAGGAUAAAAUUAACAUGAAAAAGGGUAACUUUAACCCCUAAUACACCUAAAAAGGGUAAUAUUUACACCAAUUUAGGAUCAAUACUACAGGGUAAAAUUAACGUUUCCGGAAUGUUAUUUUAACUUUUUCGGAUUUCUGUCAGUGAAACUGUAAAAAGUUGGAUUUUCUGGGGGAUUUUGUGGAAGCUACAGUAGACUUCUGCCUAAAAUCAUCAAAAUCGGUUUAGUAUUGAAAAAUCAGAAUUUGGUCAAAGAACAAUUACUAAGUGAUUACCCAAAAAUUGAAGGUCCUAGUAAAGGAAUUUAUUUAUUUUUCGAGAAGCUCAAAUUCAUAAAAAGUGGAAUAAAAUUAAAUUUUUUGCGCUUAUUUUUCGUCGAAAAAAAUCAUUUGUUUUUUGUUCAAAAAUGGGGAAUAAUGGGAAUAAUCCUUCAAAUUCUUCUCAUAUUUGGCCCCCUUUUAACUAAAAUCGCGGCUGCGUCUUUGCCAACAAUCCUUGUGGAUAGCAGAUAAAACAAAAAAAAAAAAUAGAGAAACGAUUUAUGCACCCGAGACAUUAUCUCUGAAAAAUGCGACCGGUUUUAGUGUAAUUUUUUCCCUGUUUUCGUACACAUUUCACGAGAUAUCUCCAAAACUACGUAAGUUGCCAAUUUAGGGUUUUCGGUUGCCUCUUCGUUAUUAAAUUGGCUUUUAUCUUGUAUUAGUAUUUUUUGCUAAUUCAUUUUACAAUGACAGAAAACAGCUAAUAAACUCAAAAGUUUUUUUUGGCUCGCUAGAAACAUAUGGGAAACAUAGGAAAUGUCAUGCCCCUGCACCCGAGUGUGCGUGGCUUCAAUCAGGACAGGGCAUCACUAUUUUAAAGUAUUUAAUAAAACAUUUCCUAUUAUUCAAAAAUAAUAAUAAAUUGAUAGUGGCAAUAAAUGUUAUACUUUUUAUCAGAAAGUCAGCAUUUUAUUGUUUUAUUAAACAAGUUUUUUGAAAAUUUAAGAAAGAUUAAUUUUUCAAAUUUAUGCAAUUUGUAAUUGUCAGUUAUCGUUAUCAUACUUAUUGGCCCCGAGAGGUUUUUCCUUAUUCAGGUCUAGAAAUAUCAAAAAAGUUACAAUAUCUGCAAGGAAGCAGAUAUUCGAAAAUUCACGAUUUUUGACCAAAAAUAUCUUGGCUCAGAAGUUGAUUGGGAUCCUGCAAAAAAUAUCCUAGAUUUGGACCUCGAUAGUUUGUAAUCAUCCAGAAGAAUUGGAUUUUUAUCGAUUCUAAAUAGUUCAAAAAAAAAAAUUUUCAUGGGUAUACCCAGAUUCUCAAAAGGAGACGAAAGAGUUACAGUAGAGUUCCGCUAUAGUCCAUUGGUUCCAGAUUUGACACUUAGGUCGCACAUAGUCCAUAUCAUUUUUUAAAAUUAUCAACGACUUUUAGUAUUGAAAUUGCUCGACGACUUCCACUUUCUCUAAGACCGUUUUCAGACUAGAGGUUUAUCCCAGUUCUCGAGGGUUUCAAAACCUUAAACAGCAACCGAUUUUAUUGAUUUUUCAAAGUGUAAUAGGUCAUUUGCCCUUAAAAUCCAAUCCUAAGUCAAAAUGUUCCAAAAAAUCUUGACUGAUAAGAAAUUAGAGAAAUUAAGCCAUAUGGCUAAGCCUUAGGUCUGAAGCCCGUAUAACUUAAAAUCAGUGUUUUGAAUUCAACGCUCGAUAAAUUGUGGACUAUAGAGCAGACCUGUGCUAAAAUAAAAGCCGAAGUGAAUUUGGUGGUGCCAGUUGGGAUUCUUCGAAAUGCCGCGAAAAUUCACGUAGAGAAAAUGAGAGGUUUUUAAUGUGAAAAUUGUUUAAUUCCUUAGAGUUAAAUCAUUUUCACAAGAAAAUGCUUUUAAUAAUUUAGUUCAAUACAGUUAUUUGGGUUAAUUGUGAAUAAUUGUCGAUAUUACAACAAAAACAUUGGGAUGAAAUUUUGAGCUGGAAGACUCAUAUUCUUUUGAGCUGUCCCAAAAUUCAGGAUAGGUUUGAGAAAAAUCCUUUUGUACAACCACUAUUUUGGUUAAUAAGGAAUGCAAAAGUACAUAUUAGAAGAAGGGACACGACCUGCUAAUAAGGAUAAAAUAAAAAAAAUAUUUUGUGGCAUUUUAGAUAUUUUUUGCAACCGCAGCGCCGCCAGACGAUUGUCAAGUGAGUUAUUUGUGUCUCUAUCUCUCUCUCACAGUUGAAUUGCGCGCGAUUUAAGAACUUUCUAUUUGAAGUGAUAUUUGCAUUAAAUUUCAUUGUAUUAUUAUUAUAUUUGGCGCCAAUUUCUUGGGAUAUUUUAAGGGCCAAAUUUCAAAGCUACCGCCUCAAAAAAUUAUAUACAUUUAGGGGCGUAGAAGAAACAUUUUUUGCAUUGAAAUUUGAGAAACAAAAGAAGUGGCCGAAAUUUGUACACAUACCCUAUAUGGCAAGUAUGAUAAUUGUCUGUAAUCGUAUGGCAUUGUUAUAUGACAAAUUUAAAAAUAUUAUGUGGUAAAUUCAGGAAAACUUUUCAAAAACAUGAUUAAUAUCAAUUAUAAUGGGAGCUUCGUCAAGCUUUGGCUAUUCCGUGCUCACUGGUCUUAAAUGUUUUCCUGCUUUUGAAUUUGUCAUGAACACUUCUCAUAAGACAUUGUCAUUCUUACAGAAUUCCCCUACUCUUAAAAAAAGUUUGGUUAAGCGGACAAAUUAAUCUGGUUGAAAUUUUGUUAAAAGGAAAUUGCUUACCAAUUUGAUAAAACUUAUUCUCAUAAGGCAUCGAUUUUUAAUAAAAAUUGUUUUUUAGAAGAAAUUUGCUUCUGCAAACGGGAAAUGUCAAAUUCUGUCAAAAACUCAAUUUUUGACGAAAGUUGCUCUCAGUGUGUAGAAGCCUUUACGUGGAAAAACACAUCUUCCUGACAAACUUUUUGCAAUAUCCAGUUGGCCGCUAAAUUGACAAAACUUUUUGUUUCAAAGUUACAGGAUAUGACAGAUUUCUGAGUUUAGAAUUUGAUUCAGCAGCCACAGCCACACUUGAGAGGUUUUCCUACACAAAUUUAGGGUAUUGAUUUUCUAAGGACUGACUGGAUGUCAAUAUCCUUUCAGUCCUUGGAAAAACCAGAAGGAAAAGAAUAAUAUUUUUUUUAAGUUAGACUUGACAUAACCUAAAACUUUUCAAAUUAAAUUAAUCAUUUAUUGUGCAAAUAAUAAGCGAAUGAAGUAGAAUGCAUCAAAAGUUUGUAUCAAUAUUUUUCAGGGUAAUAAAAAUAACCGACUGGUAACUGAUUUUAUUAACCCUUUAACUCUUUCCGGACCGCAGCAUAUGCUGCAAGACGAAUUCGCCAUUUUUUAAUCAAAAAUAUCUAAGCUCCAGGAAUUAAUUGAGGUCCUACAAAAAAUAUAUUAUAUUUGGACAUCCUUAUAGUUUGUAAUCAUCCACAAGAAUCGGAUUUUUAUCAGUUCUGAAUAAUUAAAAAAACAAGGUUUUUCACGGAAUAUUCAUAUGCUGCUUUGGGUACUCAGGGUCCCAAAAGAGACGAAAGAGUUAAGGACGAUUGGAACACCGGUGUCCCAUAAAAAAAAUAAUUUUUCCUGAUUACCUAAAGUUAUUUUUUCUUUAUGUUUGUGCGAAAUUGUAAAGUAGAAGGUUGAAGGAAUCUAGGAUAUUUUCUGGAAGUCUCCAGCUAUUUGCGAUAUGGUAAUUUUUUAAGUUCAAUAAUGAGGAAUUUUUAAAUUCACAUAGUGAAAGUUAAUUUUAAAUAUUUUUUAUACUUCCAAUUUUUUUUAAGCAAAACCUUUUUGGGACAAGAUACUGCAAUACUCAAACAUAAUACUUUUCAUUAGAUUGAAAAUUAUCAUUCAUUAGUAUUGUCUGAAAAAUUACUUAAAUUUUUGGGCUAUUUUUGUCCCUAUCGUUCAUAGAGACAAAAAACACCAAAUCAGACUCUGUUGGCUUUUUGAAGGCCAGAUAUAAGACCUUUUACUGGUUUUGUUCAUUGGUUUAAUUUUUAUUGCUGAUUUUCGGUCCGCGAAAACUGUCUCGUCGUUAAAGGGUUAAAUACGUUAAAAGCGUUACUGGGGAUGUGGCCUAUUUUUUAAUGUUUCGGCUGUUUCUUUUUUGGUUUAAAAAUUUGGAUGGAAAAAUCGCAAUUUCUGUAGGAUAUUAUUCACGAAAAGGGGCGUGAUUUAUUAUUUUUAGGCGGAGCGUUGUGAGGAAACCAAAUUCAACCCCAUGAAGAGGUUAGGUUAGAGGAAACUGGGGCACAUCCGAACACCGGGGGCAGCAUCGAACACUGCGAAUUCAAACCGUUCUCGUCCUCUGAAGUCUAAUAUCUAAUUAAAAAUCGCAUUGAUCGGUGCUACUCCAUGUUCGGUACUACCCUGUGUUCGGUGGUGCCCCAGUUUCCCCUACGACAUUCCGCAGGAGUCUUAAAAACCCGGUGAUUGCUCUUCAUUAAAAAAUAUUCCGUUUUUACAAAAAGAAAACUUCUGUAUUUCAGUGUUGUUGUGAAUAACAUUAUUCUAAUAAAUAUUGUUGAACUCA